UCCAAGAAAGACCCUGUAUUUUCCAUCAGUUGCUCACACAGUAGAAAAAAAGAUGUCUGCCAAGAUUUUGGUAUUUUUGGUCUUCGUUGUUGGUGCUUGUGUUUGUGAAGAUGUCUAUAGUUCUUGUGGCGACAGUUACCAUUGUGUAGAGAAGAGGUUGGUCAAGUUGGUGGAUGGUCUAGAUGGUCAAUCUAAUGUAUCGGUUUUGGGUGAUAUGGUGUCUCUUAGAAAGAAUGAUGAGCAGUUUGAGGCUCCAAGGGCUGAGGAGGAUUUGUUGGAGAGAUGUGCCAGGUUCUUGGCUAACCACGAGAUCCGCUUGAAGCUGCCUUCUGAUGUUUCGAAGAGUUUGAUUCAAGAAUCCCGAAGCAGCAAAAUCAAAAAAAUCCUCCUGCCUCUUCUCGUCCUUCUGAAACUCAAGGGAGCAAUAGUUAUCACAGUUGUACUAGCAGUGAUCGCUCUAGUCUCCUUCAAGGGUCUUGGAGCUAGUCUUAUUGCCCUUGCAAUCUCUGGAGCAACUGGAUUCAAGAGCUUACUGGAGAACCACGCUGCUGGAAGCAAAGUGUACGAAGUUCUGCCAUCUCUUGCUGCAUCCCACUGGAGCAGAGUUGGAGUAGAUCCCAUGUCUUCAGUCUACCCAUCUGCAUUCGCAUGAUAAAGUGAUUUAUUUAUUGUUAUUUAUUUUAUUUAUCUUCAAAGAAAUAUGAAUUUUUUAUU